AUGCACACCCAGUGCCCGCUCCACCUCAGCUGGUGCUGGAGAAUAGGGGCCUCAACACUGAAGAUGUUGGCCUCUGUGAGGACACUGACAUUAGUUCAGCGAUCCUCCCGCUUUGUUGAAGAUCUUCCUAAGGAAGUGCUGGUGCUGGUGUUCCGGGUUUUUCAGGUGUUUUCUGCACCAGUGACCUUCGAGGACGUGGCUGUCUAUUUCACCAGGGAAGAGGGGGCUCUGCUGGACCCCGCUCAGAGAGCCCUCUACGGAGACGUCAUGCAGGAGAACUACGAGAAUGUGACCUCGCUGGUUUCCAAACCUGAUGUGAUCUCCCAGCUGGAACAAGGGGAAGAGCCGUGGGUCCCAGACGUCCAGGGUUCAGGGGAAAGAGAGAUCCUGAGACGUCCCUGCACAGGAGGAAAAAAAAAAUACACGGUGUGUGGGAAAAACUUCAAUGACGGCUCAGCCCUUAUUAAACAUCAGAGAAUUCACGCAGCUGCGAAACCCGAUGAAUGGUGGGAGCGUGGGAAAAGCUUCACGGAGAGCUCAGAACUUACUGCACAUCAGAGAAUCCACACAUGGGAGAGGCCCUAUGAAUGCAGUGAGUGCAGGAAAACCUUCACUCAGCGCUCACACCUCAUUAGACAUCAGAGAAUUCACACGGGAGAAAAACGUUAUAAAUGCUCUGAGUGUGGGAAAACCUUCCCUUCCAGCUCAAGCCUUGUUAAACAUCAGAGAAUCCACAUGGGGGAGAGGCCCUAUGAAUGCUCUGAGUGUGCAAAAACCUUCACUCACUGCUCACACCUCAAGACACAUCAGAGAAUUCACACGGGAGAGAGAGCCUAUGAAUGCUCUGAGUGUGGGAAAACCUUCCCUUCCAGCUCAAGCCUUGUUAAACAUCAGAGAAUCCACACCGGGGAGAGGCCCUAUGAAUGCAGUGAGUGCGGGAAAACCUUCACUCACACCUCAUACCUCGCUAGACAUCAGAGAAUGCACACAGGAGAGAGUCCCUAUAAAUGUUGUGAGUGUGGGAAAUCCUUCAGUUGCCGCUCACACCUCAUUAUACAUCAGAGACUCCACACAGGGGAAGGCCCCAUAAAUGCUGUGAGUGUGGGAAAAGCUUCACUGAGAGCUCAAACAUUGCUCAACAUCAGAGACUCCACACACCUGCCGCUGAAGAAGAAGGGAGGGAGUGAAGGACCCACCACCAAACUGCCACCGAAGAAGGAAGCGGCGUGA